AUGAUCAAUAUUGUGGAAGCCUCCACCAACGAAUGUAAAGUCUGUCUCAUCAGCGGGAAAAAUUAUGGCAUCCGUGUUCGUGGAUGCCGAGGUAUGAAGAAGUUCCCACAUGCAGAUGGAAGAUCUGGUACAUGGACAUUCACACAUGCAGAUGGGAGAUCUGGUACAGGGACGUUCACACAUGCAGAUGGGAGAUCUGGUACAGGGACGUUCACACAUGCAGAUGGGAGAUCUGGUACAGGACGUUCACACAUGCAGAUGGGAGAUCUGGUACAGGGACGUUCACACAUGCAGAUGGGAGAUCUGGUACAGGGACGUUCACACAUGCAGAUUGGAGAUCUGGUACAGGGACAUUCACACAUGCAGAUGGGAGAUCUGGUACAGGGACAUUCACACAUGCAGAUGGGAGAUCUGGUACAGGGACAUUCACACAUGCAGAUGGGAGAUCUGGUACAGGGACGUUCACACAUGCAGAUGGGAGAUCUGGUACAGGGACAUUCACACAUGCAGAUGGGAGAUCUCGUACAGGGACGUUCACACAUGCAGAUGGGAGAUCUGGUACAGGGACGUUCACACAUGCAGAUGGGAGAUCUGGUACAGGGACGUUCACACAUGCAGAUGGGAGAUCUGGUACAGGGACGUUCACACAUGCAGAUAGGAGAUCUGGUACAGGGACGUUCACACAUGCAGAUGGGAGAUCUAGUACAGGCACGUGCACACAUGCAGAUGGGAGAUCUGGUACAGGGACGUUCACACAUGCAGAUGGGAGAUCUGGUACAGGGACGUUCACACAUGCAGAUGGGAGAUCUGGUACAGGGACGUUCACACAUGCAGAUGGGAGAUCUGGUACAGGGACGUUCACACAUGCAGAUAGGAGAUCUGGGACAGGGACGUUCACACAUGCAGAUAGGAGAUCUGGUACAGGGACGUUCACACAUGCAGAUGGGAGAUCUGGUACAGGGACGUUCACACAUGCAGAUGGGAGAUCUGGUACAGGGACGUUCACACAUGCAGAUGGGAGAUCUGGUACAGGGACGUUCACACAUGCAGAUGGGAGAUCUGGUACAGGGACGUUCACACAUGCAGAUGGUAGAUCUGGUACAGGGACGUUUACACAUGCAGAUGGGAGAUCUGGUACAGGGACGUUCACACAUGCAGAUGGGAGAUCUGGUACAGGGACGUUCACACAUGCAGAUGGGAGAUCUGGUACAGGGACGUUCACACAUGCAGAUGGGAGAUCUGGUACAGGGACGUUCACACAUACAUCUGGGGAUUUGGUAUGAGGACGCUCCAAUAUUUACAUGCGGGCGGACACACAAACAUUGA